AUGAAUGCCUGUCGGAAGAAGGGUCGUUUGUCCUUCUGCAUACGAGCUGAAAUCGAACCGAAAAAUCGUUCAGGUGUAAACUCACUACAGUAUGAUCCGUGUACAGACAGACUGUUUACUGCUGGGCGGGAUUCCAUAAUCAGAGUUUGGAACACUAAAAAAUCAUCGGAUCCUCUUGUACAUACCAUGGAACAUCAUGCUGAUUGGGUUACAGAUAUUGUACUUUGUUGUGGUGGCAAAAAUCUCAUAUCUGCUUCGAAUGAUACGACAGUGAAGGUUUGGAAUGCCACGAAAGGAUUUUGCAUGUCGACUCUGGGUACACACAAAGAUUAUGUACGAGUGCUUGCCUACGCACAACAUCGUGAGGAAGUUGCUAGUGCUGGUUUAGAUGGUGCAAUAUUUUUGUGGGAUAUAAGAACACUCACAGCACUUACACCAACUAAUAAUACAGUUGAAACUCGUCCACUGACAACAAAUGAUGAAAGUACAUAUAGCUUAGCUAUGAAUCCAUCUGGGACAGUCAUUGUAGCUGGUGGUCCUUAUAAAAGAAUAUGGGUAUGGGAUCCUAGAUCACGUAGUAAACCUUUCGACUUACGAAGUCAUACUGAUAGUAUACGUGCACUUGCUGUUCGACCAAAUGGUGAAGAGAUUAUUAGUGGUAGUUCUGAUGGAACAAUCAAAAUAUGGUCACUUGGUAUGCAGCGAUGUACAGAUACCAUUCGCACACAUAGUGAAAGUGUAUUUACAUUACAGGUGAAUAACAAUUGGUCAACUGUUUAUUCCGCUGGUAAAGAUCGUAAGAUUUGGGCUACUGAUUUGCAUAACCCCGGUCAUUCUACAUUAAUCGGCGAAGAGACGGAUCCAGUCUUAAAGCUCCUAUUACAUGAAGGUCGAAGUCAGUCAUUUUUAUGGUCUGCAACAUGUAAUACAAAUGUAUCACGUUGGCUUAUUAAACAUAAUCCUACUGGAAUGUGUUCUCGAUCAAUUGUAGAUGACGAACAAUAUUCAUAUCAUUCUGAGAAUAAUACUGAUAUGGAUCAUACCAGUAUAGAUAAGUCUUUACCAAUGUCUAAAUGCUCUGAAUUUGUAUCAAAUUCUAUCCCCGUUUCAUUACCAUCCAAUGCUCAUAAUAAUAAUAAUAGCAGUGAUGCUCUUUCAGAUGUUUCUAGUCAUGAUCCUGAUCACAGUCCCUUAUCUAUAGAUAAUAAUAAUAAUAAUAAUAAUAAUAAUAAUAAUAAUAAUAAUAAUAAUAAUAAUAAUAAUAAUGAACAACAUAAUUCUUCAUUAUCUUCGAAACCUGAUUUUGUUAUAAAAGGUGGAUCACCAAUUGUACAGUUUCACAUAUGCCCUGAAAAACGUUUUAUAUUAACGAAAGAUAAUGAAGGUAUAGUAGCUGUAUAUGAUGUUUUAAAAGCAUCAAUGAGUGAAUGUUUAGGUGUUGUAUCAUUUGAAGAAGAAAUUAAGAAACGUGAAAAACUUAUUUAUGUUCCAAAUUGGUUUAUAGUAGAUUUAAAAUGUGGAAUGCCAAUUAUUCAUUUGGAUGAAGGUGAUUGUUUGUCAGCCUACAUAAAUGCUUCUGAUGCUGGUCUAUUAAAUGAAUUCAAUGAUCCCGGUUACUGUUAUGAUACUAAAAUUAAUUACGGCUUUGUAUUACUCAGAUCAUUAUUUACUCGUCGGCUAACUGCAUCCUCAAACAAUACCAAUCCUAGUAAUAAUGGAAACAAUAUGGAUAAUGCGCGCAACGAUUUGAAUACAGAUCAAAUUUUAGAAAUUCCUGGACAUACGCCAAUUAUUUUAAGGUAUUUUUCACACUAUUUGAAUAAUUAA